AUGGACGGAGAGCGGAAGGAUGGGACGGAGGUGUUCAUGAGGAUGAGGAGGACCGGCCAGCUUCGGACCAUGAUGCGGGCUUACUGCGACAGACGUGGAGAAUACAUGAUCGGAUAUGUCUUCCUGUUUGAUGGCCUCAGGAUCCGACCCAGCCAGACCCCUGACGAGCUUGAGCUCGAGGACGGAGAUGAAAUCGACGCGUUUCUGCACCAAUUAAGCGGCUUUGCACCGCUGUGAAAACGCCCAACGUAUGAGGAAAAAUUGACCGAAAGCCAAGAGUUGUUGGCUCAACUGGUAAGUGGAUAUGCGCAGUGCUCCAUCCAGAUUCGAAUCCCACCCUUGACAAAUCACAUAUUAAAAAAAAAAAAUUGACCGAAACGAGUAGUGAUUUAUGGAAUGGAUUAAUGUACGUUGAGUGGU